AUGCUUACUGACAGCGCCAAAUUCAAAAUGGCGGUUCGAGCGGAAGAUCUUUCAAAUGCCGAGCAACAAAUUGAUGGAAUAAGCGGCGAAAAAUACAGAGAAAUCGGCGAUCAAGCAGUGUGGUCCUUAUCCUCAUGCAAACCUGGAUUUGGCGUAGAACAACUGCGUGAUGGAAACUUAGAAACGUACUGGCAAUCGGACGGCCCUCAACCGCACUUGGUCAGUAUUCAAUUCCGUCGAAAGACAGCCAUUCAGAACCUUUGUUUGUACGCCGAUUACAAAGCUGAUGAAAGUUAUACACCUAGUAAAAUAUCCAUUCGAGCUGGAAACCAUUUUCAUGAUUUGCAUCAGAUAGAACUGAUAGAGCUUGAGGAGCCGAGUGGAUGGUUAACCGUUUCGUUGUCUGAUGGAGAUAAGCCCUUGAGAACUUACAUGCUGCAGAUCGCUGUUUUGGCAAAUCAUCAGAAUGGCAGGGACACUCACAUGCGGCAGAUCAAGAUUCACGCACCCUUAGCUGAUUCUGGAGCAUACAAGAUGCCAACAUUCACUUCUGUGGAGUGCGCUAUGUACAGUACAAUUAAGUAA